CUGAUGUGAAUGCCAAAAAACUCGUUCAUGCUAAGUUAUUCGAACAAAUUAAAUUUGCGGUAUUUAAUAACUUUCAUAUUAUUACUCUCAGAGAUUUCAACGCUAACAUGGAUAAACCCCAGCUUCCGUCAUCACAGCAUAUAAUAGAUUGCAAGGCAGUUGAGAUCACUUCACAACUAUCAGACCAUUUGAUUGUUAUUGUAAAAAUUGAAAAUUUCUUAGAUAUUAAACAUAACCGAAGAAAUAUUCCGCUGAAAAGAAUCUUCGAUUUCAAUAAGAUGACAGAUGAAACUUGGAAACUAUUUA